CGACCAGCGUGCUGCGUCACGGUGGUGCGCCGGAAGUGGCUGAGGAUUGCGCCAGAAAUCCCGGAAGUGGCUGCUUUAGGACUUUGCUGCUGGCUCUGACUACCGUCUUGCGAUGGGUUGCGACGGGGGAACAAUCCCCAAGAGGCAUGAACUGGUGAAGGGGCCGAAGAAAGUUGAGAAGGUCGACAAAGAUGCUGAAUUAGUAGCCCAAUGGAACUAUUGUACUCUAAGUCAGGAAAUAUUAAGACGACCAAUAGUUGCCUGUGAACUUGGCAGACUUUAUAACAAAGAUGCCGUCAUUGAGUUUCUCUUGGACAAAUCUGCAGAAAAGGCUCUUGGGAAAGCAGCAUCUCACAUUAAAAGCAUUAAGAAUGUGACAGAGCUGAAGCUUUCUGAUAAUCCUGCCUGGGAAGGGGAUAAAGGAAACACUAAAGGUGACAAACAUGAUGACCUCCAGCGGGCACGUUUCAUCUGCCCCGUUGUGGGCCUGGAGAUGAAUGGCCGACACAGGUUCUGCUUCCUUCGGUGCUGCGGUUGUGUGUUUUCUGAGCGAGCCUUGAAAGAGAUAAAAGCGGAAGUUUGCCACACGUGUGGGGCUGCCUUCCAGGAGGAUGAUGUCAUCGUGCUCAAUGGCACCAAGGAGGAUGUGGAUGUGCUGAAGGCCAGGAUGGAGGAGAGAAGGCUGAGAGCGAAGCUGGAAAAGAAAACAAAGAAACCCAAGGCAGCAGAGUCUGUUUCAAAACCAGAUGUCAGUGAAGAAGCCCCAGGGCCAUCAAAAGUUAAGACAGGGAAGCCUGAAGAAACCAGCCUUGAUUCUAGAGAGAAAAAAAACAACUUGGCUCCCAAAAGCACAGCAACAAAUGAGAGCUCUUCUGGAAAAGCUGGGAAGCCUCUGUGUGGAGCCACAAAGAGGUCCAUCGCUGACAGUGAAGAAUCCGAGGCCUACAAGUCCCUCUUUACCACUCACAGCUCCGCCAAGCGUUCCAAGGAGGAGUCCGCCCACUGGGUCACCCACACGUCCUACUGCUUCUGAAGCCCACAAUGCCACCACUCCUGCCCCCGAAGGUUGUUCAGUUUCCACGUAGGCAGGUCGCUGUGCACCUCUGAGUGCACUGCUGUGUGUCCUCUCUAGCUCUGUCAUAAAGCUGUCCUGGCCAGCCUUCGAGAUGGUGUGGUCACUCUUGCUGUGAGGCGUGUGGGUUCCAGGGGGGACAUGGGAGGGGCUGCACUGUGGCCCGAGGUCACGCUUGCUUCCACCUGCAGGUGCAUUUGGUCCUUUCCACGGCCAGGUAGCCCUGUGGGCUGCACUUUUUAUGCGUGCAGUAACAAGAGACUCCAGAGUCCUCGCUGGUGCAGAGUUGGCACGUAUUAACUACAAUUCUAAUGAUUUUGCUACCAGCAGUAAAUUAAGUAGGCCAAGUGAAACUGGGCUUUAGAAAGGAUGGAUUUCAAAUACACUGUGCCCACUAGAAGCUUUGAAGAGCCUCGUCCCUCUGCUACAGCCCUGGGAGGAGCCAGGAUCCUUGUUGGUCUAACUAAACACUAUUAGGGGAGUCUGCCCUAUCUCAUCAUUUUGAAGAUAGCAGAGUCUUAGUUGGGCACCCAGUGAUUGGGUUCAAAAAUAAAGCUGGUCUGCCUCUUCUCU